AUGAGGAGUUUUUUUGCCGUCUUAGCUCUUCUCCCAGCUGCAUUUGGCUGUUUGGAUCCAGACACCAACAGCUGUGCUAGCUUUAUCAAGUCUCAAUCAGCUACUGCGUCGGCGUUUUGUGCAACGUUUACCACGGCUGUUGUCACCGCAACCUCUGCUCUUCCAUCAUGGGCCACCAACUGUUCCCAAAAGCCAAGCCUGAUCUCCAAGGAGUGCUCGUGCUACUACACUGGUACUAGCACGGGGGCUACGAAAACCUCAGCAGGUAGUGGAGGUACUGCACCAACGGGUGUUACAACUACGCUUCCUGCCUCUUCUGGAGUGGUUACAAGCGCCACACCAAUUACUGUUACUGGCUCACUUGAUGGCGGCAUGAAGAGAUACGAUCGCAGCACCAAGGUUUGCCAAGAGCAAACUGAGACGGGAGAGGAUGACACUAUUUUCAUUCUAGAAGAUGGUGCUACACUCUCUAAUGUCAUUAUUGGACCCAAUCAAGCAGAGGGAGUUCACUGUCGAGGAACUUGUACCUUGAAUAACGUUUGGUGGUCUGAUGUUUGCGAGGAUGCUUUAACUCUUAAGCAGUCUAGUGGAACCUCAUACAUCAAUGGAGGUGGCGCCUUCCACGCCUCGGAUAAGAUCAUCCAAUUCAAUGGCCGCGGUACCGUUCAGAUAACUAACUUCUAUGCAAAUGAUUAUGGCAAGGUGGUUCGAAGCUGUGGCAAUUGUUCCGGUAAUGGGGGCCCCAGAAAUAUCAUCAUGACAAACGUUAUUGCGGUCGAUGGAGGAGUUUUGUGUGGUAUUAACACAAACUACGGAGACACUUGUACUAUGACGAACUGUUGCCAAGACGACGGCAAAACUUGCGAUCGUUACACGGGCAACUCAAGCGGCUCCGAGCCAACUAAGAUUGGCUCCGGCCCUGACGGAACAUAUUGCGUUGCCUCUGGAGCCAGUACUAACUGCUGA